AUGGCUUCCGUCGACUCCCAACUCAAGGACGUCGUCAUCCUCGGCACCGUCAACGCCGACGCCCGCAAGAUCCUCACCAAAGACGCCUGCGCCUUUCUGGCCAUCCUGCACCGCACCUUCAAUCCCACUCGCAAGGCUCUCCUGCAGCGACGCAUUGACCGUCAGGCCGAGAUUGACAAGGGCCAUUUGCCUGACUUCUUGCCCGAGACGAAGCACAUCCGGGAGAACGAUGCCUGGAAGGGUGCCCCCCCGGCCCCGGGGCUGGUCGAUCGCCGAGUCGAGAUCACAGGCCCGACGGACCGGAAGAUGGUGGUGAAUGCGUUGAACUCGGAUGUGUGGACCUACAUGGCUGAUUUCGAGGAUUCGAGCGCCCCCACCUGGGAAAACAUGAUUAACGGGCAAGUGAACCUGUACGACGCCAUCCGGCGCCAAGUGGACUUUAAGCAAGGCAACAAAGAAUACAAGCUGCGGACGGACCGCACGCUACCCACGCUCAUCGCGCGGGCUCGCGGCUGGCACCUCGACGAGAAACACUUCACCGUCGACGGGACCCCCAUCUCGGGCGGCCUGUUCGACUUCGGUCUGUACUUCUACCACAACGCGAAGGAACUCGUGGCGCGGGGCUUCGGACCCUACUUCUACCUGCCCAAGAUGGAAUCACACCUCGAAGCCAGACUAUGGAACGACGUCUUCAACCUAGCGCAGGAUUACAUCGGUCUGCCGCGGGGGACGAUCCGCGGGACAGUCCUCAUCGAGACGAUCACGGCGGCGUUUGAAAUGGAUGAGAUCAUCUAUGAGCUGCGCGAACAUAGCUCGGGUUUGAACUGUGGGCGCUGGGAUUACAUCUUUUCGUUUAUUAAGAAGUUUCGCAAACAUAGUGGCUUUGUUUUGCCCGAUCGGUCGGAUGUUACCAUGACGGUGCCGUUCAUGGAUGCGUAUGUCAAGUUGUUGAUCAAGACGUGUCAUCGCAGAGGCGUGCAUGCUAUGGGCGGCAUGGCCGCUCAAAUCCCAAUUAAAAACGACCCCGCCGCCAACGACAAAGCAAUGGAAAGCGUACGCGCCGACAAACUGCGCGAAGUGCGCGCCGGCCACGACGGCACCUGGGUGGCGCACCCCGCUCUGGCCUCCAUCGCCUCCGAGAUCUUCAACACGCACAUGCCGACCCCGAACCAGCUCUUCGUGCGACGCGAAGACGUCAACAUCACGGCUAACGAUCUCCUGAAUACCAACGUGCCGGGCAAGAUCACUGAGGAGGGCAUUCGCAAGAAUCUGAACAUUGGGCUCUCUUAUAUGGAGGGGUGGUUGCGUGGUGUGGGCUGUAUUCCGAUUAAUUUUUUGAUGGAAGACGCCGCCACCGCCGAAGUUUCCCGCAGUCAACUGUGGCAAUGGACGCACCACGGGAUCACGACCGCGGAAGGGAAGAAAGUCGACAAGGCGUACGCGCUUCGUCUGCUGCAAGAGCAAGCCGAUAGUUUGGCGAGCAAGGGCCCCCAGGGGAAUAAGUACCAGCUUGCGGCGAGGUAUUUUGCGGGUCAGGUGACCGGUGAGGAGUAUGCGGAUUUCUUGACCAGUUUGUUGUAUAAUGAGAUUUCGUCGGCGGGGGCGGCGGAACCGGCUGCUAAGUUGUAA